AUGGAAUAAUUAUGUUUAAAUAAAAUUAUAUUUAAAUCAAAAACUUAAUAAAUUAAAUUUUAUACUAAUUUAAUAGGAAUUUCUAAUAUUCUGUUUUAAUUACUUUAUAGAACAUAGUAUAAUUUUGAGGUUAUUUAACUGUAAAUCUUAAUUUAUCAUUCCAAUAAAUUAAGUAUAUAACAAACAUGCAAGCAAAUUACCAAGCAGAGUUAGAAUGUAAGUCAUAAGCCUAAUCUAUAAGAGUUGUAAGCCAAUGCUAUUGAAUUGGCAUAUUAAACUAUUGAGGAAGGAAAAUGGGAGAAGGAAAUUGAGUAAGAUGGAGUUGUUUUCUAUUCCAAACCUGGCUCUACAGGAUGGAAGAUCACAAGAUCCGAACUUAUAGCUGAAAUAGACCCAAAAAAAGCUGUUGAUGUACUUAGAAACUAUACUAGAUUUUAAGAAUAUAACCAUACAGCUUAAGAAGUAUAUUAAUAAUCAUAUAAUUAUUAGAUUAAUCUAAUUAAGAAGAUUGAUGAUAAUAUUUCUAUUCAAUAUAUUUUAACCAAACCUAAUUAAGUUUUACAAUAAUAAAGAGAUAUAGUCACUUUAUCUAGAGCCUCAUCCUUGCCUGAUGGUACAUUUUUUGUUGUUUGUAAACUUAUAUUUUAGAUAUUUUUAGCAAAAUCCAUUGAAGUACCUGAAGCUCCCAUAAAAGAAUAAUAUGUUAGAGCAGAGAUAAUUCUAAGUUUCUUUGGAUUUAAACCUGUUGAGAAUGGAUAAACCUUAGUGACAAUGGUAUAAUCUUUUGAUCCAAAAGGAGAUGCACCAAAAGACCUUUUGAACAGUUUAGCCAAUAAAGUAGUCAAUUAUAAUAAGCUAUUUGUUGAGAAUUUGAAAAAGGCAACUAUAAAAGAGUGA